UCCAGCUCUCCCUCUUCCUUAUCCUUCAACCCUUCAACCCAUCAACCCAUUGAAACAAAAAAAGUUGUUACCUUUGUUGGUCCAACCAUGGUGUCUGCACUUUCUUUCUCCAAUUUAACACUGCCCAGAAGAUCAUUUUCAUCUACAGCAUGGAACCCAAGAGCCAUGGCCAAGGAGCUUUACUUCAACCAUGAUGGUUCAGCCACAAAGAAACUUCAGGCAGGAGUGGACAUGGUGGCGGAACUGGUUGGUGUGACUUUAGGACCAAAAGGAAGGAAUGUUGUGUUGCAGAACAAGUAUGGGCCUCCCAAGAUUGUUAACGAUGGCGAGACUGUGCUCAAAGAGAUUGAACUGGAGGAUCCAUUGGAGAAUGUUGGGGUGAAAUUGGUUAGACAAGCUGGAGCAAAAACGAAUGACCUUGCUGGUGAUGGUUCCACUACAUCUGUUAUACUUGCACGAGGUCUAAUUGCUGAGGGUGUGAAGGUAAUUGCAGCAGGAAUGAACCCUGUUCAAAUUUCUCGUGGGAUUGAGAAGACUGCAAUGGCCCUUGUUUCUGAACUCAAAUUCAUGUCCAGAGAGGUUGAGGAUCAUGAGCUUGCACAUGUUGCUGCAGUUAGUGCUGGGAAUGAUUAUACAGUGGGCAACAUGAUUUCUGAUGCUAUUCGACAGGUAGGAAGGAGGGGUGUGAUCACAAUUGAGAAAGGGAAAUGUGCUGAAAAUAGUCUGCAGAUUGUAGAAGGAAUGCAAUUCGAUCGUGGAUACUUGUCCCCUUACUUUGUUACUGAUCGACAAAAGAUGAUGGUGGAGUUCCAUGAUUGCAAGUUACUUUUGGUCGACAAAAAAAUCACGAACCCGAAGGAGAUGUUUAAAAUAUUGGACAAUGCAGUUAAGGAGAAGUAUCCAAUUGUGAUAGUUGCAGAGGGCAUUGAGCAAGAAGCUCUGGCUCCGGUAAUUAGGAACAAACUCAGGGGUGUGCUGAAGGCAGCUGCUAUUAAGGCUCCUGCCUUUGGUGAGCGGAAGAGCCACUACUUAGAUGACCUUGCUAUCUUGACUGGAGGCACUGUAAUUAGCGAUGAGAUGGGAUUGACCCUGGAAAAGGCUGGCAAGGAGGUCUUGGGCACUGCUACUAAGGUGGUCAUAACUAAGGAUUCUACGUUAAUAGUUACAGAUGGGAGCACUCAACCAGCUGUUGAGAAGAGGGUUUCUCAGAUUCGGGGGCUUGUUGAGAACACUGAAGAAAAUUUCCAAAAGAAGAUACUGAAUGAAAGAAUAGCAAGGUUAUCAGGAGGAAUUGCUAUUCUUCAGGUCGGAGCUCAAACACAAGUUGAGCUGAAAGAUAAACAAUUGAGGAUUGAAGAUGCUGUGAAUGCAACUAAGGCAGCUAUUGAGGAAGGUGUUGUAGUUGGUGGUGGCUGUAGUCUUUUGCGACUAUCUUUAAAAGUGGAUGGCAUCAAAGAACUUUUGGACAAUGAAGAGCAGAAAAUUGGAGCUGAGAUCUUCAAAAGAGCUUUGACCUAUCCUGCAAGACUGAUUGCCAAAAAUGCAGGUUUUAUCUAAUGAUGAUUUUCGAUAUGGUUAUAAUGCUGCAAUAGACUGUUAUGAGGAUUUGAUGGCUGCUGGAAUUAUGGAUCCAUC